UAGAUUAAUCACAAAGAAGAACAAACUUUGUCACAUUAUUUCCAUCAGAAAAAAUAUAAUAACAAAUAAAAAAUAUUUAAAGAAUGGCUGAGGCUGACGAUCCACAAGAUAUAGCUGAUCGAGAACGAAUCUUCAAGCGAUUUGAUGCAAAUGGUGAUGGGCAAAUAUCUGCUACAGAACUUGGGGAGACGUUGCAGACCCUGGGCUCUGUUACUCCUGAAGAAGUUAAGUAUAUGAUGGAUGAAAUUGACACUAAUAAAGAUGGUUUCAUUUCCUUUCAAGAGUUCAUAGAAUUUGCCCGAGCCAACAGAGGCUUGAUUAGGGAUGUUGCUAAAAUUUUCUAGCUUCCUCUUUCACCAUUUUGAUAUGGAUUUAAUUUUAAUAUAUACGAGGGUAGUGUAAAGAACUUUUACACGAUUAUGUAUUCAACAUGUCGUAGCACGUAACUUGCCUUAUCUUCCUUAUUAUUAAUCUCACUUAACGGGCGAUUAUUUGUAGUUAUCGUAUAGAUCCUGAUAGUGUUAACCUCGAUAUCUGUCCAUCUCAAAUUUUCUUUUUCUUUUCUUGUUGAAGAAACCGUUUAAGUUAGUUAAACUGUAACAUCCAUUUUGCUUACAUCAUAUUGAGGUUGAUUGUA